AUGACGUCCGAGCCCACAGAGGAAUCGAUCUCCAACUUUGUGAACUUCACCAGCGCUCCUCGGGAACAAGCUGUCAACUUCCUGAAAGCUAAUGACCUCAACCUCCAUAAAGCUAUCAAUGCUUACUUCGAAGAUCCCACGGGUCCUCAGAUAGAGGCCCCCAUUCCCCAAAAUGAUGCGAACGCUCCAUACCCCAAUAAAGGCUUAUCGCUGGCAGAGCAGGAGGAACGUCAACUGCAACAGGCGGUGGCUAUGUCAUUGAACCAGAAUCUCGGGAACCAAGAGUCUGGCGUCACAAGUGCUAAGCCGGCGAAUUUCGGACGCGCGACGCGAGACCACUACGACGAAGGCGCUUGGGCCAUGACUCUGUUCAAUUCCAGCGCUCGCGAGAUCAUCAUCAGCCCGGACCCUGCGGACCGCAAGAGGGUGGGAGACGAGCCGGCCUUCCUUCGCCCCACUCAAGACAAUUUAUACCUGGGAGGACUGUUGACCAUCCUCCAUUCGAUCCCGCUUGCGAGAGAGGCGCUUCUGCUCAGAAGCCAGGUGCUAUCCGACUAUGGCCACGACCCGCAGUGGUGGAAUGGACAGCCCAUUAGCCUUCCCAAGAUUGUGACAAUGCAAGACGUCGAGGAGGGCAACGCCGAUUGGGAUGACAUCAUCCACGAGACCCAAAGACUAGUUGCUCUUCUAGACACCACGAACAGAUCCUUUGGUAGUGCCGACGCGCUCGAAAGCCUGAAGUGCAUGUCCACAAAUGGCUCCGAAGGCAGUGUCAGCCGAUUUUUGGAAACAUGGCAGGAGGCAGCUGUUCGAGCGGAUCCGGGAAACCAGCUGGCAACCAUAUUUUCGUCGAGCGCAUACAAGCGGCCUUUGUCGGAAUACGAUACCCCGAUCCAGAAGGACUUUUACACGAUCGACCCGUUUGUGGAUCCUGAGCAUGGCCAGACGCUAUACGAUGUACUGGACCGUACCGUGUGGUCGGAUAGACCCGGCGAAUCGCUCGACGACGUAUGGUUGGAGCAUGUCGCUGAAGUUUUGACCAUCAAACUAGAAAGCAGCGAUUCGUCGAAGCAUGUUGACGUGAAGAUUCCUCCGGUAUUCUACCCCGAUCGAUAUCUCGCUAGCUGCAGGGACAUUGCGCGGGAUUUCCGUUUGCAGCGCUUGCAGGUGUUCGACGAGAUUUACAAGCUAGAACGUCUAGCCCACCGAUUCUCCGUCUCGAAGUCCGUCGCUCACCGAGGCAUGAACUACAAGGAGGUUUUGGAAAAAGCCGCGAUCGCUGCACCUAUUGCUAUACCACAGACACUUGCCAAUGGGACCAGCGAGACCCCUGAAUUCGCCAAACCCGAGGCGGAACGCCUGGCCGAGGAGCUGCGCGGAAUUUCGCGCAAGAUUGAAGACAAGCUAAAAGAGUUGGAAUCCCGGAAGGAAGAAGCCUUGGCGACCCUCCGCAGCUACUCUAAAAUCCUUACGGAGCCAUCGGCUUCCCCCGGCGAACCGCCAAAUCAUAGAUACACAUUACGAGGAGUCUGCACCGAGCCACAUGUGACAUAUGUGCUUCGACGCCAGGACACGGGAGCAUCGGAGGAGUCCGAGACGGAUAGCGAGUGGCAGUGGUGGCGGAUAAGCUUCUCCAUCGAGGAUGCAAAAGCUCGACGGGCGGAGUCGAAUGCAGGAGGUAACGCGACGUCGAAUAAUGCCGAUGUGGUGGGAUACACUGCGCGCAAAGUCCGAGAAAUCGAGGUUCUCAAGGCGGCGCGUGAGGAAUCGAAGACGGUGCUUCUGGUAUAUGCCCAGGACAGCGCCCUGAACGUGCAGAACGAGCCGCCACCGCCUCCACUCCAGGAAUUCGUGAAAAACGAUAACAAAGCCUUCGACACCGAGUUCCAAGAAGCGGGAGCCACGGAGAUUAUGGAAGGAGAUCAGGUCCCGGAUUCCACUGCGGGUCCUAAUCCGCCAGAUCGUAUGCAGACCGACGAUACUUCUCAGGCUCCUGUCAACGUUUUCGAUUAUCAGGUCAGCGGCUUCGAUCGCGAGACGGGGCCGGGACAGGAGAUGCAGGAAAGGGGAGGACGCCCUCUGCUCAGUCGCAGCAACACCGCAGGACUGGCGCAACCCGCGCCACAUGCGGAAGCCGAAUGA